AUGGUAUGUGUGCCUUUCUUAUUACAUCUAGCCCAUCCAAACCCAUUUCAAGUUCGUCUGAUUGGUGGAUCAAAUGACGCUGAAGGAAGAGUAGAAGUCUUGAACGAUGGAUCCUGGGGAACUAUCUGUGAUAACAGCUGGGAUCUGAGAGACGCCAGGGUAGUUUGCAGAAUGCUUGGCUUUGAUGGAGCCUUAGACGCACCGGGAUCUGCACGGUUUGGUCAAGGCUCUGGUCCUAUUUCUCUGGUCUAUGUUAGUUGUGAUGGAACUGAAGAUAGCCUGGUAGACUGUGCUCAUGGAGGAAUUGGAAAUUAUAGUUUUUGCGGUCAUGGUCGCGAUGCCGGCGCCAUUUGUUAUUCAGGAGCCCAUCCAAUCCCAUUUCAAGUUCGUCUGAUUGGUGGAUCAAAUGACGCUGAAGGAAGAGUAGAAGUCUUGAACAGUGGAUCCUGGGGAACUAUCUGUGAUUACAGCUGGGAUCUGAGAGACGCCAGGGUAGUUUGCAGAAUGCUUGGCUUUGAUGGAGCCUUAGAUGCCCUUGGUUCUGCAAGGUUUGGUCCAGGCUCUGGUCCUAUUUCUCUGGUCUAUAUUAGUUGUGAUGGAGUAGAAGAUAACCUGGUAGACUGUGCUCAUCGAGGGGUUGGAGAUUAUAGUUUUUGCGAUCAUGGUCGCGAUGCCGGCGCCAUUUGUUAUUCAGGAGCCCAUCCAAACCCAUUUCAAGUUCGGCUGAUUGGUGGAUCAAAUGCCGCUGAAGGAAGAGUAGAAGUCUUGAACAGUGGAUCCUGGGGAACAAUCUGUGAUUACAGCUGGGAUCUGAGAGACGCCAGGGUUGUUUGCAGAAUGCUUGGCUUUGAUGGAGCCUUAGACGCACCGGGAUCUGCACGGUUUGGUCAAGGCUCUGGUCCUAUUUCUCUGGUCUAUGUUAGUUGUGAUGGAACUGAAGAUAACCUGGUUGACUGUGCUCAUGGAGGGGUUGGAGAUUAUAGUUUUUGCGGUCAUGGUCGCGAUGCCGGCGCCAUUUGUUAUUCAGGAGCCCAUCCAAACCCAUUUCAAGUUCGUCUGAUUGGUGGAUCAAAUGACGCUGAAGGAAGAGUAGAAACCUUGAACAGAGGAUCCUGGGGAACUAUCUGCGAUUACAGCUGGGAUCUGAGAGACGCCAGGGUAGUUUGUAGAAUGCUUGGCUUUGAUGGAGCCUUAGACGCACCGGGAUCUGCACGGUUUGGUCAAGGCUCUGGUCCUAUUUCUCUGGUCUAUGUUAGUUGUGAUGGAACUGAAGAUAGCCUGGUAGACUGUGCUCAUGGAGGGGUUGGAGAUUAUAGUUUUUGCGGUCAUGGUCGCGAUGCCGGCGCCAUUUGUUAUUCAGGAGGUAUGUUUUUAAAGGCGGUGUGUACCUGUUUGGCUAGGGAGGAUUAG